UUGUGUAGUUAGUGGUGUACCGUACGCCGAUGUACCGCCAUCUUAAUCUAUAUUAUUUCACUAUCAAUACUAAUUUACUCUUAAAGUUUUGUUUACAAAAUACUACGUUUUUGAUAUUUCUCAUUCGCUUGACGGGUUUUCUGGACUGGACGUCUUUAAUACAAUCUGUACCGUGUGUUUCGAGUUGUAACGCCGUCUGCUGCUCGUUAUCGUCUCGUGGGUAGUGGACACUUGUUGCGUGUGCCUCGUGGCUGUAUUUUAUAUUAUUGUAUUCUUGCAUGUCACCGCUGGAUACUAUAUGUACUACUUUUAUUCUUCCAAACAGAUAUUUUUUUAAUAUAUUUUGUUCAAUACAUUCAAGCAACAUAAAUACAGCUCGAUGAAAAUGUUUGGAGAUUCAGUAACGCAGCUUUGCGAAACACUAGAGCGUAAAACCCUGUCCCAGAUUUUGUUCAGGCGGAAAAAAGAGGAUGUACUAGACCAGCCGGACGCUAAGAAAUUGGCCAGGGUCCUCAAUCUGUUUGACCUGACGUCACUUGGCGUAGGGUCCACGUUGGGCGUGGGCGUCUACGUGCUUGCCGGAAUCGUUGCCAAAACAUUAGCCGGGCCGGCCACGGUUCUGUCAUUCGUUUUGGCUGCCUUUGCGUCGGCUAUCUCAGGCCUAUGUUACUCAGAAUUCGCAGCGAGAGUCCCAAGAGCCGGGUCGGCUUACGUUUACAGUUACGUUGGCGUGGGCGAAUUCAUCGCGUUCGUGAUCGGAUUGAAUCUGAUACUCGAAUAUGUUAUCGGUACUGCAAGCGUCGCCAAAGCGUUGAGCAAUUACAUCGAUGCACUGUUUGGCUACCCCAUGAAAACCUGCAUGACCUAUAUAUUCCCCAUGAACGUUAGUUUUUUGGCAGGCUACCCAGACCUUUUGUCGUUUAGCCUCGUGGUACUAUUAUCAUUUUUACUGUCAUGGGGAGUCCGCGAAUCUGCAAUGAUAAACAACGUGUUUACUAUCGUUAAUUUAUUGACCGUCGGCACGGUCGUGGUAUCCGGAUUAUUUAAAAUUAAUUUUCACAAUUGGAGUAUAUCGAAACAAGAUAUCCCGGCCAGCGCGAAUGGCGGUGAAGGCGGUUUCAUGCCUUUCGGGUGGGCCGGAGUGACCAUGGGGGCAGCCAAAUGUUUUUACGGGUUCAUCGGUUUCGACUCCAUAGCUACUACGGGAGAAGAAGCGAAAAACCCAAAACGUGACAUCCCGUUGGCCAUCAUUUUGUCGUUGAUCAUCAUAACGUUUGCAUAUUGCUGUACCAGUUCCGUUUUAACUCUGAUGUGGCCGUAUUAUGAUCAGGAUAUCGACGCGCCGUUCCCGUAUGUGUACGAUCAACUUGGUUGGACGUCAAUGAAAAUUAUUGUUUCAUCCGGCGCUAUAUUUGCUAUGUUUGCCAGUCUCUUAGCGAGCAUGUUCUCGAUGCCGAGGAUUCUGAUGACCAUGGCCGAAGACGGUCUUAUGUUCAGCCUGUUCUCGGACAUCCACCCGACGCUUAAAACACCAGUGAAGGCCACUCUACUGUCGGGUCUGUUCGCGGGUAUCAUCACGAUGUUUUUGAACCUCGAUCAACUGAUGAAUAUGAUGUCAAUCGGCACGUUGUUGGCGUACACGAUCGUGUGUGUUUGCGUGCUCUUGUUACGGUACAGAAACAAUUCGGACGGCGACGAGUUCGUGAAAAAUCAGGGCAACGACGAACCAGAGACCGGUGGUUUCGUCAAUACGGUGGAAAGGUACUUAAACCUGUCCAAUAUUGACAACUGCAACAAAGAGACCGAGCGCGUGGCCACGACCCUCGCUGUGUUGUACGUUUGCACGUCCGCGCUGUUUAGCUUCGCAACCGUACAACAAGAGUGCGUUGUGACCAUCCAUCAAUGGUGUGACGAAAGCGACAGCAACGCCACGGUUUUUCAACCCGGUUGCGUGGUAAACACCAACAACACCAACAACACCACAACGCCCUUCGAAAAAGAGUGCGUCGGAAACGACAUCGCGAUGUACACAAGUGUUAUUUUAGCCAUCGGGCUGGUGCUUCUGAUGUACUUACUGUCCAGACAGCCCCAAUCGAAAAAAAAACUUUCGUUCAAGGUCCCUCUGGUUCCACUCAUACCGUGCAUUAGCAUCUUGAUGAAUGUUUACUUGAUGAUGAAACUUGACCUAAACACCUGGAUCCGUUUCAGUAUUUGGAUGAUAAUGGGACUUUUCGUAUAUGUAUUUUAUGGCAUGAGUCACAGUGUGGAGGGCCUGAAGCGGAAAGGAGAGCCGAAAAUGAGUCCGUCGAGCUCCGUAGAGCUGAAAACGAGUCCGUCAAGCUCCGCAGAGCCAGUAUACGAGUAUUAUACCACUUAUUUAUAACUAAAUAUCCUCCUAUGACUCUUCUCCAAUCGUGACUAAAACUAAUAGUCAUUACGAUCCUUACAAUGUUCUUAACUACCUACCCAUCACAAUCCUUUUAACGUUUCCAUCGGUAUCCCCUUCAAUCACAUUCCAGAGCAACACCGGCCUAGCUGGAACUACUACUUUUUAAUAUUAUAUUUUUACGAUGUGAUUUUUUUUAUAUAUAUAUAGUUAAGUUAUGUUAAUUUGUUUAAAAUUAUUACUGUCAGUAUUAUCAUAGAUAAUGUACAAUGGAUGUAGCAUUGUAGCCAUCAAGCUAAGUCUUGAUGUCGUAAUAUGAACCUAGAGCCCCGACUGUUUGUAAGCAUGUGCAUAAUUCUGGUUGGUCAAUGAAUAAAUUAUCACAUUGAUCAAAGUUGUACACCCACGUAAAUGUACAUCAAUUAACUAUUAGCUAAUAACAGUUUUACUGUGUAUUUGUUAAUACAAUAUAUUUUUGAAUGUAUAAAUUAAAUAGGUAGCUUGUUUCAUUAUUUUAUUUUUAUUUCAUAGUGUUUUAUUACCUACUUUAAAUAUUUGUCCAGCUAGUCACUGACUAAAAACUAUUAAUAAAAAAAAAAAAAUGGAAACCGAUUAGUUUAUACAAUUGUAAUGGAAAUACCAAUGAUAGUUUGGUAAUUAUUAUUAUAUUUUAAAUACUUAUAAUUAAUUAUUGAGAAAUGCGCAUCCCAAUAAUGUAACAACUAUAGCUAUUUUACAAUAUAAAAAUGUAAAGUGUUAUAUUAAUGAAUUUGUAAAAUGUUAAAAGUACUUAAGAAUCAUAAACCAUAACGUAGGCUACUGCUUCAGUUUGUUAUAA